UCAUGCUUUUGGCUCCUAUCAAAUGACCUGUCACGCUAGCUGCGGUCGGUCUUCCGUGAUAUCCACUACAAUUUUUCGUGUCAUACAUUAAUAACUCUCAUAUAAUAUAAUAAUUUAAUAUUCUGUUCAAUGUGAAAAGAUUUAUAUUUUCCUGGAGUGUUACGUCGAGCGUGCAGAACGUUUUUUACAUUUGACCGUUCGAUACGGAUCUCAAAUCGAUAUUUCUUUUAAAUUGCAAAUUUAUUUGAUAUGAAAUAGCGAAAAAUUUGUUGACAUGCAGUUGAUCAUAAUUUCAAUGGAUUAAAAAAUUAAUACGGAAAUUAAGGAUUUACUUUAUAAUUUAAAACGGCUUUGAAAAGGAUUGCAAAAUUCCAUUCUGCAAUAAAAUGACCGCGGAAAGUAUCUCAGAGGACCGUCAGCCGAACUGGUCGCAAGACACGCCGACGGUGCAGGAAGUUAGCGAAAUGAUGCGAAGCUUUGGCAUGUGGGACUACGCGGUUUUUGCAUUGAUGUUAGUCAGUUGCGGCUUUAUUGGCAUUUAUUUCGGCUUUAUUAAGAAAUCAUCCGGAAUAGCUGAAUAUCUCGUCGGUGGUAGGAACAUGAAAACGCUUCCAGUCAGUUUAAGUCUAAUAGCCACUUUCAUAUCUGGUAUUUCAUUGCUGGGUACACCAACAGAAGUUUAUGUGCACGGUACCAGUUACCUUUUUGUUGGUGUCGGCACAGUUAUCGUCGCUUUCGUAAUGUCUGCAGUCUAUUUGCCGAUUUUUCAUGAGCUCAAACUUACAACCACUUACGAAUAUCUCGAAAAGCGGUUCGAUAGGAAAAUUAGAACUCUAGGCUCGAUACUGUUCGCGAUCGGCAUCAUAACGUGGCUUCCUAUUGUUAUUUACGUGCCAGCGUUAGCUUUCAAUCAAGUCACAGGCGUGAAUAUACAUGUAGUAACUCCGUUCGUUUGUAUCGUGUGCAUUUUUUAUACGUGCGUGGGCGGCAUACGGGCAGUAGUAUGGACAGAUUUUAUUCAGACAUUCAUAAUGUUCGGUUCUAUGCUGUUAAUUAUUGUCAAGGGUACAUCCGAUGUAGGGGGAUGGGCGUUAGUAAUAAGGAGAAAUUUAGAAUCUGGAAGACUUGAAUUCCCCUCGUCAGAUUGGAGUCCUCUAACGAGGCAUACGAUCUGGUCCCUCGUAAUAGGUGGUUUCUUUCAUUGGUUGCAAAUAUCCGCUCUCAAUCAGAACAUGAUACAACGAUACCUUUCAUUGCCCACGUUAAAAUCCGCUAGAAGAGCGCUUUGGACUUUUACAAUCGGAGUCUUGAUUUUAAUAGGAAUAUGCGGCUACGCUGGAAUGUUAAUAUAUGCAUGGUACCAUGUAUGUGAUCCACUUACAACGAAGUUAGUAACUGCGAAGGAUCAGUUGUUGCCACUACUCGUUAUGAAUGUAUUAAGUGAAUUUCCGGGCCUUCCAGGUCUCUUUGUUGCCGGAGUAUUUAGCGCAGCAUUAAGUUCUUUAUCGACUGGCUUGAAUUCUAUGGCCGCGGUAGUGUUAGAAGAUUUCAUUAAACCAUUCAGAAAGACGCCUUUUUCUCCCAAAAGUGAGGAUCGUUUAGUGAAAAUCAUAGUGGUUACUCUCGGAAUAAUCUGUGUAGCGCUUGUAUUCGUCGUUGAAAAAACAGAGUCUCACGUGUUGCAGUUGACUACGACCUUAAGUUCCAUUGCAAGUGGACCAUCUCUUGGAAUAUUCAGCAUGGGUGUCUUGUUGCCCUGGAUAAAUGCUAAAGGUGCUCUGAUAGGCAUGAGUCGCUUAUUAGCUACAUCGGUUAACUUCUAA